AUGAAGGUUUUAGGUACUCUUAAUUACUUCUUGGGGAUUGAAGUUGCUUACUCUCUUAAAGGUUGCAUUCAAUCUCAAUCUAAGUAUAUUGCAAACAUCCUUGAACCAGCUCAACUUUCUAAUACUAGAGAAGUAAACAAUUCUCUUGAAUUGAAUGUGAAAUAUGCUCCCUCUGAUGGUGUUACUCUACCAGAUCUCACUUUGUAUCGCACUUUGGUUGGCAGCCUAGUGUACCUUAUGACUAACAAACCUGAUAUUGCUUAUGUUGUCUCUCCUGCUACCAUACAUUGGGAAGUUGUUCUUCGUAUUCUUCAUUAUAUUCGAGGAACCUAA